CUAGAAAGAGUUUGUAUUAAUUUUGAAUUUUUGACCGGUGACAAGCUCGCCUGCCCGCCUAAAACGUGGUUGUUUUCCACCCUCACACAGUCGUUCCCUCUGAAAGGCGGACACAUCACUCUCUUCUCUUCACCUCUCACAACAAAUGGAGAUGACAUCGCCAGAACUUCCACCAGAUCUCGGCGCGAAAUGGACGGAGCUCUCACGGCGGGAGGAUCAGGCACUGAGAUCGGGGAGCCAGCGCCGUCGGAGAAAUCGGCACCGGUAAUUCCGAGAGAAUUGCCGCCGCCUCAACCAGCGGCGCAGGGCGAAGGCUCGUCGAUCCCGGCGCCGUCGAUGGAGGAGCUCGAUAAGGACGUGCUGUGUCCGAUAUGCAUGCAAGUCGUCAAGGACGCGUUUCUGACCCCUUGCGGGCACAGCUUCUGCUAUAUGUGUAUCGUCACUCAUCUUAAGAACAAGAGCGAUUGCCCCUGUUGCUCCCAUUACCUCACGAAGAAACAGCUCUACCCUAAUUUCCUCCUCAAUAAAUUAUUGAUGAAGACUACCGCUCAUCAUAUUUCUAAAACUGCAUUACCUGUGGAACAGUUUUGCCGGGCAAUACAAGAGGGAUGCAAGAUGUCAGCUAAGGAGCUUGAUAGCCUCUUAUCUAUUCUAUCUGAGAAAAAAAAGAAAGCUGAGCUAGAAGAAACUGAGGCAAACUUGCAGCUUCUGUUCAACUUUAUGCAGUGCUUAAGGAAGCAAAAAUUUGAUGAGCUUCAUGAGAUUCAAAAUGACCUUGAAUAUAUUAAAGAAGACAUAAGGGCUGUAGAGAAAUGUAGAUUAGAGUUGUAUCGAGCCAGGGAUAGAUGCUCAGCAAAAACAUGUAUAUUGAGGGGCCAAUCUUCACAAAAAGGUCCUGUAUUGCGUGACCAACAUAGUUGUGGCACUAUUCCAAAUGUCCCUAAUGCACAAGGAGAGCGCCUUGCAGUUUCCAACUGUCCUCAGGCCCGGAUAACACAAGAUCCUUUCCCUCAUCAAUUAAUUCAGACAGAGGAUGAACACAAUGGGUCAGUUUCAGAACAUAAUGUAGCAAGGAGGAGACAAGUUCAUGCACAGUUCAGUGAUCUGCAAGAGUGUUACUUGCAAAAGCGGAGACAUUACGGCACAAAAUCUCAGAAACAGGAAGAGAGUGUAGCAACCAACGGGACAAAAGAGCGAUACAGUACAGGACUUGAAGAAUUCCAAUAUAUUUUCUCUGCAUAUACGCGAUACAGCCGAUUGCAAGUUGUUGCUGAGUUUAGGCACACAGAUCUUUUCCACACUGUCAAUAUCGUUUCAAGUAUAGAAUUUAACCGAGAUGAUGAACUAUUUGCUAUAGCUGGAGUAUCAAGGCGCAUCAAGGUCUUUGAUUUUGCUGAUGUGGUAAAUAAACCAACAGGUCUGCAGUGUCCUGUUGUGGAAAUGCCUACCAGAUCCAAACUGAGCUGUUUGAGCUGGAACAAGUACAAAAAGAAUUACAUAGCUAGCAGUGACUAUGAGGGCAUAGUAACUGUGUGGGAUGUGACCACUCGUCAGAGUAUUAUGGAGUGUGAGGAGCAUGAAAAACGAGCAUGGUGUGUUGACUUUUCAUGCACUGAACCUUCUAUGCUGGUUUCUGGAAGUGAUGAUUGCAAGGUGAAAGUUUGGUGCAUGAGGCAGGAAGAUAGUGUUCUAAGCAUUGAUAUGAAAGCAAAUAUUUGUUCUGUAAAGUACAAUCCUGGAUCAAGUUUCCAUGUGGCAGUUGGUUCUGCUGAUCACCACAUCCAUUAUUAUGACCUGAGAAGUAUUAAGCAGCCUUUGUAUGUAUUCAGUGGGCACAGUAAAGCUGUUUCGUACGUGAAAUUCAUGUCGGACAAUGAACUUGCAUCUGCAUCAACUGAUAGUACAAUUCGUUUGUGGGACGUCAAGGCCAACAUUCCACUGCGCACUUAUAGAGGGCAUACAAAUGAACGCAAUUUCGUGGGUCUCACAGUAAACACUGAAUACAUUGCAUGCGGCAGCGAAAGAAAUGAAGUUUUUGUUUAUCACAAGGCAAUAUCUAAACCUGCGGCUUGGUACAGUUUUGGUCCCGAUACGAGCGAAGGUGACGGAGAAAUCGGAGGGGCACCGUGCUUCAUCAGCGCUGUUUGCUGGAAAAGUGAAUGCCCCACCAUCCUUUGUGCAAACAGUCUUGGGGUUAUAAAAGUCCUUUCACUUGCUGCUCGUUAACUGGUAACAACCCUUCAUUAAACUAAACAGCGACUGUUAUACAAAGUGCGUAAUAAUUUAGGCAAUCGAUUUUUGCGCUCGACAUUUUGAUGUAAACGCUCCAAGGCACCAUUAUUCGAAGAGUUGGAAUAGUGAUUCUGAAGCAUUGGAUUGUAAACAUCAAAAUGUCGAGUUCAAAAAUCAAUCGCUAUAAUUUACCCGUAUUCGGUUUCUAUUGACUCAAUCAUCCAAUUCCUAAUCCAUGAAUUUUGAUAUUGUGACAUUGUGCCAUUGUGGGCUGAGACAUGUAAGUUUUAUGUCUUAUACGGAGUAAAAAGAUAUUGGGAACAAAGGGGAUAUUGACUA